AUGGCUCGACCAAAAUCUGCAGCGUUGUCUUGUCUGCUUGGUGCUGCUGGAGGAGGUGUCGAUGGCCUAAACAACCUGCUACAGGCGGUUGGAAAAGAUUCCGCAGGUCUUCAAAACCUGUUAAAUACGAUUGGGGGAGGCGCCGAGGGCCUGGCAAAUCUGCUUAAUGCUGUAGGAAAGCCCACCUCAGAGGCCUUGAAGGACCUUAUACAGGCGACGGGAAGAGGUGAGUGA